AUGAAGCCGCCGCUCACCUCUGCACUGGUGGUGAGGACAUGCGUGUGCACCACCCUCGUCCUCGUUCUUCUCUUCAGCAGCCUGGCCAUCUUCGCACCUCUUUACUUUCACCCUUUGCCAGGGAACCACACCACCACCACCACCCCGGCGUUCCCCGAUGCAUCGCCCACCGCUGUUGUGUACAACAUUUCUAAUUCCUGGCGGGCCCUGCACUUCUGCAAGUCGGCGUACUGCCCGGUGGACGCCGUGGUGAAUUGGAGCUGCGGCAGCGCGUGCGGCAACGCCACGACGGACUUCCACGUCUUCAACGUCUACGAAAAUGCCUCGACCGGCAACUCGGGCUUCAGUGGGAUGGACCACGAGGCGGGCAAGAUCGUCGUGGCCUUCCGCGGCACCGCCAACACGGCGAACUGGAUUCAAGACCUCGACUUCUGGUCGAUGCCGUACCCACACCCCGCCUGCGGGGAGCUCUGCGCCAUUCACCGCGGCUUCUACAAGGCCUACGACAGCAUGCGAGAACAGCUGCUUCAGGAUGUGCUGGCCAUGCACGCCCAGUACCCCACCUACAGUCUCUUCAUCACUGGCCACUCACUCGGCGGCGCCAUAGCGGUGUUGUCUGCGAUUGAGUUCACCACGUGGAACCUGCCACGGACACACUCACCCCUCGCGGACAACCUCUCCGUCAGCGCAGCCGUGCCAACGGGCGUCACCGCUGCCGACGAUCCAGCGCACUUGAUGCCGGUGGAGCUCUACACCUUCGGUGAGCCGCGUGUCGGCAACGUGUACUUCACGAAUUGGUCCACCUCUGUCCUGUCGCAGGAACGGCAGUUCCGCGUCACCCAUGCACGCGAUCCGGUGCCGCACCUGCCGCCGCGCUCCUGGGGCUACCUGCACGUCCCACAGGAGCACUGGUACCCUGCAGAUGACAGCGUGUAUAUGCGGUGCGCCGAUCGCAGCGAUGCCGAGGACCCGGCGUGCAGCAACAGCGUCUACUCCACGACCGUGUCGGAUCACCUGCUCUACCUCGGCACCUGCACCCGGUGUUCGUGUAAUGCGGCGACGAUGGAGGAGAUCUACAACUACACGCUGAGCCCCGAGGUAGAGGCGCUUCUUGCGACGGAGUACCUGAUCGACCACACGCCACCGGCAGCAGUGCAUUCUCGGUGA